CGCCGGAAGCCGGCCCCCGAGGAUGAUGUCAGCCAAUGAAGGAGCCCAAUGGUUCGCUUCUAACCUCUGCCCCGCUGCCGCGAGGGAGCGCGGGAAAUCCCGAGCAUCUGGAAUCCCGCAGGCCCCCGGGACCAUGUCCACCUCCUCGGUGUCCAAGGGCUGCUUUGUGUUUAAGUCAAACUUCAAGAAAAGAAAGACCUCUGUGCCAGUAGAGGACUAUUUUAAUAAAGGGAAAAAAGAGUCAGAGGACAGUAAGCUUCGAUUUGAAACAUAUCAGUUGAUAUGGCAGCAGAUGAAAUCUGAAACUGAGCGACUGCAAGAAGAAUUAAAUAAAAACCUGUUUGACAGUCUAAUCGAAUUUCUGCAAAAGUCUCAUUCUGGAUCCCAGAAGAAUUCAAGAGGCUGGGGCUAUCAGAUAAAACUCAGAGAAAUUCCAACUGCUGCUCUUGUUCUAGGUGUGAAUGUAACAGAUCAUGAUUUAACAUUCAGAAGUCUAACAGAAGCCCUUCAGAAUAAUGUCACUCCAUAUGUAGUCUCAUUGCAAGCUAGAGAUUGUCCAGAUGUGAAACAUUUUUUACAAAAGCUGGUCUCACAGUUAAUGGACUGCUGUGCGGAUGUGGAAUCCGAAGAGGAGGACAGUUUUCACAUCACUCAGAAACAGAUGCAUUGUUCAAUGGAUUCUCUUUCCAGUUGGUAUAGGAAUGUCACACAGAAGACAGAUCAAGAAAUGCCAGGGAAAAAGAGGACUUCUUCUAGCCAAUGGCAAUCUCCUCCUGUUGUGCUUAUCUUAAAAGAUAUGGAAAGCUUCACCACGAAAGUACUCCAAGACUUCAUAAUCAUCAGCAGUGAACAUCUACAUGAAUUUCCACUAAUACUUAUUUUUGGAAUUGCCACAUCUCCUAUUAUCAUCCAUCGGUUGCUUCCUCAUGCAGUAUCAUCUCUAUUGUGUAUAGAAUUAUUCCAGUCUUUGUCUUGCAAGGAGCAUUUGACUACAGUACUUGAUAAGCUACUUCUUACAACUCAGUUUCCCUUUAAACUAAGUGAAAAAGUGUUACAGAUUCUGACCAACAUCUUUCUGUAUCAUGAUUUCUCAAUUCAGAACUUUAUAAAAGGACUUCAGCUUUCUCUGUUAGAGCAUUUCUAUUCCCAGCCCCUCAGUGUUCUGUGCUGUAAUCUCCCAGAAGCCAAGAGAAGAAUAAAAUUUUUAUCAGAUAAUCAAUGUGAAAACAUCCGACGUCUUCCAUCAUUUAGGAGGUAUGUGGAAAAGCAAGCUGCAGAAAAGCAAGUUGCGCUAUUGACCAAUGAGAGAUUUUUAAAGGAGGAAACACAAUCAUUACUAGACAACCUGCAUAUUUACCAUAAAAAUUACUUCCUGGUUUUGAGGUGUCUUCAUCAUUUCACCUCUUCUCUUCCCAAGUACCCGUUGGGUCGACAGAUCAGAGAGCUGUACUGCACAUGUUUAGAAAAGAACAUAUGGGAUUCAGAGGAGUAUGCAUCGGCCUUGCAGCUGUUGAGGAUGUUGGCAAAGGAUGAACUGAUGACCAUACUUCAGAAAUGUUUCAACGUUCUUAAGUCCUCUUCUGAAAAGGAACUUGGCAGCACAGCAAAGAGAAUAGAGGAGUUCCUGGCUCAGUUUCAGAGUCUUGAUGAAGCAAAAGAGGAAGAAGAUACUUCUGGGUCACAGUCAAAGGGGCUUCAGAAGACAGAUCUCUAUCAUCUUCAGAAGACCUUAUUGGAAAUGAAGGAGUUAAGAAGAACAAGUAAGAAGCAGACCAAGUUUGAAGUACUUAGAGAAAAAGUUGUAAACUUUAUUGAGAGUCUGGUGAGAGAAUACCUUCUGCCUCCUGAGACACAGCCUCUCCAUGAGGUGGUGUACUUCAGUGCUGCCCAUACCCUUCGUGAGCAUCUGAAUGCUGCUCCCCGAAUUGCCCUCCACACAGCACUGAACAAUCCUUAUUAUUAUCUCAAGAAUGAAGCCCUGAAAAGUGAAGAAGGCUGCAUUCCAAAUGUUGCUCCAGACAUCUGCAUAGCAUAUAAACUGCACCUAGAAUGUUUGGCAACGGUAAAGAUUAUUUUCUGUCUUGUCUCUCAAAAGGCUUUUGCAACAGUUGUGACAGCUGCUGAGAACAUGGAUGCAAAUUCUGUAACUUCAGAAGAAAAGAAUGAGAUUAUCCAUGCUCGGUUUAUUAGAGCUGUUUCUGAACUAGAACUUUUAGGAUUUAUAAAACCUACCAAACAGAAGACUGACCAUGUGGCAAGGCUAACAUGGGGAGGCUGCUAGAAAGCAAAUGAAGCCCAGAAGGAUCACAUUUAGCUUGAGAAAAGGGAGACCAAUCAUACAUACCACUAGAGGAAGAUUGUUUUGGCAAGAAAUGUGUAAUCCCUGUGUGAUGUUUAACUAGGAAGUAGAUCGCUAACCCCUAAGAUAUAUUAAUAUAUCAGAACACCACUGGAGUACAAUUCAACAAAUAACAUGCUUACACUGUCCUCUCACAAAAUCACUGUAAUUUUCAUAUCAUUAAAUAAAUUGUUCUUGAACAUACGUAGUAUAUAAAUGUUAAUUUCCUUUAUCCAGGAAUAUAAAUUUAUAGUUGAUUUAAUAGUACUCAUUCCUGCUCCAAAAGAUAUUUUAGAGACAAAUGGGAAAAUGUGAAUAUGGACUGAAUAUUAAAUUAGGGAAGUAUUUUAAGUGGAAUAAUGGUACCUAAAAUAUAUAGAACCACCUUAUUCUUAGGAGCUGCAGUAUGUAUACAUUCUUUAUUUACAUGUAAAGCCAAUAUGGUACAGUAAUAACUGAUCACUUUAACUGGAGCAUUGGACUGUUCUUUCAGCUUUCGUUUGAAUGUUCUAAUAAAAAGGUAGUGGAAAAGGGGGAAGGAGAUUCAAAGUUUAGGAAAUUCUUGAGUUUUGCUUUGAAGGUUAUUAUAGAGCAGAAAAAUAGGGUACCAGAGCCAAAGGGGAUUUAAGGGAUCAGAAGACUUAAUAGUAUGUUUAUUAGGCUUAUGGAUAUGAUCUGGUAAACAGAAAAUGGAUGCAGAAGAGAGGACUUCUAUUACUGUGUCUUUGAAUGAGAUGGGCACUUGGAACCGAUUCUUACUUAGAGCAGACGUAGCAGAGAAUUGCUGGAACGAUGUCUGAGUAGACAAGGACAGGCUAUUAGGUGCUUGAGCAGAAUAUUCACUUAACACCAAUUACUAUUACUGUAUAAUUUUGAAGAGAAUAAAAACCCAAAUGAGGCAAAGACAAUCACUUUCAACCCUAGCUGCUUAGAUCACCCACAGAGCAUAUUAAUCAGAUUCCGACAGUCCUCCUCUCCCCUGUCCUCUAAAGCAGUCUGGAGAUGGGUAGAAUCCAGGAUCUUUCCUAAAAAUUCUCCACUUAAUAUUGCUGAUGCAAUAAAUGUCUCCUUUGGAAACCAUUUUCUUUAGGGAUAUAAGUUUUUGCCAUAGGCCAAUGAUAGCUUUGAUAUUUUAAGCCUCUGAUACUCUCUUGGAUUGCCUAUGCUUAUUUUUUGUCUCAAAACUACAAAGAACUAUACCUUGCAGUGUACCCCUGUUAAUGAGGAACUUAUUGAACACAUUACAAUAACCUAACUACAGUACCAUACUAAGCAUUGCCUUUUACCAAAAUGAUUAUUAGCACACUAAAUUCUGUAGGUGUUUACCUAUUGAAAGCAAUUCCAGAGAUUUAUGGGAAUUCAGAAUCCCUAGGCAGCUAAUAUAAUCUUUCUUAUUGAGAUCAAAUGUGGUUGGUAUUUGUACUAGAGUCAUCAACUACUGAAUUCAUCUAAUAACUAUAUCCAAGAGGUUGCCCAUUUUUUUUUCUAGAAUUACCUCACACACUACUUAAAAUCAGUAUAGUAACCCUUAAGUUAGGACUUUUUGGUAAGGUGAUAAGCAGAAAUUUGGCUGUAGAGGAAAUUUUAUUCUUGACCAAAGUUGAAUCUAGAAUUAAAACCGUAUUACAGGCAUACCUUGUUUUAUUGCGCUUUGCUUUAUUGCACUCCGCAGAUACUGCAUUUUCAUCCACACCAAGGCAAGAACCCACCAGCAAAAUGAGUACAACUCACUGAAGGCUCAGAUGAUGGUUAGCAUUUUUUUUUAGCAAUAAAGUAUUUUAAAAUUAAGGUAUGUAAAUUGAGAAAUAAUGUUAUUGUACUUAACAGACUACAAUAUAAAUAUAACUUUAUAUGCACUGGGAAACCAGAAAAUUUGUGUGACUCACCAUACUGUGAUAUUAAGUAGUCUGGAACCAAACCUGUCCUAUCUCCAAGGUAUGCCUGCCUGCACUUGUGGGCGCCUCUGAUUUCUCUUUAAUAUAUCUUGCCCUCCCCCAAGUAUAAAAAUCAGUUCUUUUAUAAAUUUAAAUCUAUGUGAAAAUUCAUACAUGCUCACUUAAAAGAAUGUUCAUUAUUUUGCCCUGAGGAGUUAAACGAUAAAUAUAUCUACAUUCACUCUA